CCACCUACCAUACACUGGGACAAGAAGAACAGUCCGCGGACUGCUCGCCUUAUCGAGUGGUGCAAAGUUAAUCAAGAGGCUCGGCUCAAAAUAUUUUCAGAUUCUGUGAAGGAUGCGAAGGAGGAAGGACGCACACGCCAACAGAUGACUACGCAGAAGAACGUAUACUUGCAGCAGCUUGCGACAACAAUUUUCCAGAAUGAUGAAGAUCCGAAGGUCAGGGAGUAUUUUAGAGCGCAUCCCCUUGCCUUUACGAAGCCAAUUCAAAGCCGCUUUAUAUCAUUACGAAAAAAGUACAAUGAGAUUAACGUGCAACUUGGCCAAACUGGCGCUGGUCUGUCCUUUGAGGCAAUCAGCGGGAAUGAGAAGAUGAAGGGAAUUCUUGGUAUGUAUCUCUUGGUAGCAUUCCCGUGGUGGGUUGAUCUCCGUGGGUGGUGGAGAACCAACCCUACAUAUAACACUUCGUUUUCGACAGCCGAUCCAGGCCAGGACUUUGCAGCGGAGGCC